CUGCAGUUAAACGGCAGAAAAUUAGGCUUGAAGCGAUGGGAGUGAAGUGAUCUGAAGCUUUUGAGCGGUCUCAAAGGCGAGAAGAUCGGGAUCAGAAAGCCCUACUUUCUCUAAACUGCCUUUUUUGUUAUACUUUUUCUUCCCUAAUCAAUCAUUUUCUCCACUGCUACCUCCUGCUUAACAUCUAUUGCAUUUCUUCAUGCCCAACUCUUUGGAAUUCGCAGAUUUUACUUCCCAAAGACAACGCUGCACUCAAACAAUAGCCCAAUAGAUAGCCUGAGGCAGAGAAAGAGUGGUUUUGCCUAGCCUCUGUAGCUGCUUCGUUCAUAUUCAGGCAGAUGGAUAGGUACCAGAGGGUCGAGCAGCCUAAAGCAGAUACGCCGAUAAAUGAGAAUGAGAUUCGCAUUACCACUCAGGGCAGGAUGAGAAAUUAUAUUACCUAUGCCACCACUCUCCUCCAGGAGAAAGGGUCCAGUGAAAUCAUUCUUAAAGCCAUGGGCAGAGCUAUAAAUAAGACAGUGAUGAUUGCAGAGUUAAUUAAGAGAAGAAUUGUUGGUCUGCAUCAGAACACCUCAAUUGGAUCAAACGAUAUAACUGACAUGUGGGAGCCACUGGAAGAAGGCCUUCUUCCUCUGGAGACUGUUCGACAUGUUUCAAUGAUCACAAUCACUUUUUCAAAGAAUGAGCUGGACACCACCUCCAUAGGAUAUCAACCUCCUCUUCCAGUUGAUCAGGUGAAGCCAUUGAAUGAAUUUGAAGAUGAAGGAGAAGGCUCACCAAGGAUGAGAGGAAGGGAGCAUGCUAGUUGGGGAAGAGGAAGGGGCAGAGGGAAUUACAAUGGAGGUGGAGAUUAUAACGGUGAUGGUUGGGCUGGUGGGCAUGGUUAUGGUGGCAGAGGUCGAGGCCGUGUAAGGGGCCGUUUCUUCCGAGGCCGAGGCCGUGGUCGAGGGCGAGGAUUUGGUGGUCAAUCAAGUGGAUACAAUGACUAUGGUGAAUUUGAAGCACUGCCUGCCCCUGGUCGUGGACGUGGUCGUUGGAGGGGAAGGGGCCGUGGGCGUGGUCGUGGUCGUGGUUUCAGAUCAGAUGGCCCUACCCGUCAGGCAGGAGCUGCCUGAGCAGCAUAUAUGGGAAAAACUAUAAUGUAGGUGUGCAGUUUGAAAAUGAUACAUGGAUGGCUGCUCUGCUCGUGUCGUCGUGAAUUUGGUGAUAUUUAUGGGUACUGUCGUAAAUUUGAAGUAUGUGAAAGUGUUGCAACUAUGAUGCUUGCAGUUUUGUCUUCCUGUGGUCGUGUAGGAUUAUUUUUUAAGUUAUUGCUGAUCAGGUGUUUAGCAUACUGGCAGAGGUUGUCAUAAAUUUGAAGUAUGUGAAAGUGUUGCAACUAUGAUGCUUGCAGUUUUGUCUUCCCAUGGUCGUGUAGGAUUAUUUUUUAAGUUAUUGCUAAUCAGGUGUCUAGCAUACUGGCAGAGGUUGUACAUUUUUCUCCUAGAUAGGAAUGAUAGAGCAGUACAUUCUUUUAUUAUUAAUAACAAAAAUAGAUGCUGCAUGCUAAUUUUAAUGGAA